AGCCAGCUUUCCCAUAUAAGAGCACUGCACUCAUUGGCUCUCCCCUCUACUGAGAAAUCUCUCUAGUCAUUUCCUGUGCAAGCCCUCCUUCACUUCGCAAAAAGCCACACAGUUGAGUGAAUAACAGGGGUCUGGGGUUAUUCCUUCUCCCAGGCAGCUUGGAUUCUCUCAUGGAGCACCUCCAGCCAGGAGCUCAACUCUGUGCCAUUCCCAGGCUGCUGAAAUGAACGUGGGCUUCUCUGCAGGAGCGGGGGACUCUCACCUAUGGAUGUAAAUAAUUUUGGGUCUGCCUUCAUGUCAAUUAACACUUUUUGGUGCUUGGCUUGGUUUCUGCUGCGAGGUUAUUUCCCCUCUGAAGGAUCCGUUGGGGUUCCUUGUCAGAUCAGUCCUUGGGUGGAGCUUGCAGCAACUUCUGACUCUCUGUCUGUGCAAGACUGACAAUGAAUAACUCUCUUGAGUGCUGUGGAGAGAUGGAAACUGCAGCUGAGAAAUGAUUUUGGGGAGAGGAAGACAAAAAAGCACGAGCAAGCUGUUACGGAAGCGCAAAUAUCCUUCUAAAGGAUUCGGCAAAUGUACCAGACCAUCUCUCCUGGCAAUGGAUAAGUUCACAAAUGGGCAGCCAGGCCCAGCUCAGAGGAACAGGUUCAUGGGAUUGCUAGAAACUGAUGACAGCAUCCAGGAAGACAAACCUGCAUCAAGUCAAAAGGAAGAAAGGUCGGAACAUGGAAGGAAAGGAGAGCCACAACCCUUGGAGACACCUUAUCAGAAGGAGAGCAGUGACUUUGCCCCUAAAAUCAAGGUUAAUCUGAACUAUCGGCCAGGACUUGUCAGCAACCAGAAGGACCCGAAUCGCUUUGACAGGGACCGGCUGUUCAGCGCCGUGGUGAGGGGCAGCCCCGAGGCACUGGAUGGUUUGCUGGAGUACUUAAGGAGGAACUCCAAAUUCCUCACCAAUUCCGAAUACACAGAUGCAAAGACUGGGAAGACCUGCUUAAUGAAAGCCUUGCUGAACUUAAAAAAUGGGAAGAAUGACACAAUCCCAGUCUUGCUGGAAAUAGACCAGAAGACACGGAAUCCCAGGCCACUUGUCAACGUGUCGUGCUCUGACUGUUUCUACAGAGGCCAGACUGCCCUGCACAUUGCCAUAGAGAAAAGGAGCCUUGAUUUGGUGAAGCUGCUGGUGGAGAAUGGAGCUGAUGUCCACGCCAGAGCCCACGGUGAAUUCUUCAGGAAGAAGAAAGAAGGAGUUUACUUUUAUUUUGGUGAACUUCCCCUCUCCUUGGCUGCCUGUACCAACCAGCUUGAUGUGGUGGAUUAUCUCCUAAACAACCCCCACCAGAAAGCCAGGCUGCAGGAGCAGGACACCCAGGGCAACACAGUCCUCCACGCCCUGGUGAUGAUUGCAGAUGACACCGAGGAGAACACCAAGUUUGUGAGCACGACCUACGUUGAGCUCCUGAAGGCGGGCGUGAAGCUCGACCCGACGUGCAAACUGGAGGAGAUUGUGAACUAUGAUGGGUUAAAUCCCCUGCAGCUUGCUGCCAAGACAGGCAAAGUGGAGAUCUUCAGGCACAUCAUCCAGAGGGAGAUCAAGGACCCCGUGUACCGGCACCUGUCCCGCAAGUUCACCGAGUGGACCUACGGCCCCAUCCACGUGUCUCUCUAUGACCUGUCCUCCCUGGACAGCUUCGAGGAGAACUCUGUGCUGGAGAUCCUGGCCUACAGCAGUGACACACCAAAUCGGUACAAGAUGGUGGUUUUGGAGCCACUGAACAAACUGCUUCAGCAAAAAUGGGAAACAUUUGCCUCCAAGAGAUUCUACUUCAGCUUUGUCUCCUACUUGUCAUUCAUGAUCAUCUUUACAGCCAUUGCUUACUAUCAGCCCUUAAGGGUAAAGCCUUCCUUUCCAGUGGAGUUCACAGCUGGAGGCUUCCUGUGGGUCUCUGGACUGAUCAUUAUCUUGUUAGGAGGCAUUUAUCUGAUCUUUGCUCAGAGCCUGUACCUGCGGAGGAGACGCCAGUCCCUGAAGACCAUGUGCUCUGACAGCUGCAUCGAGAUCCUGAUCUUCAUCCAGGCCUUCUCCUUGCUGCUGUCAGCAGUCCUGUACGGAGCCAGCUCGGAGAAUUACGUGGCAGUGAUGGUGUUCUCCCUGCUUUUGGGGUGGGUGAACACCCUGUACUACACCCGGGGCUUCCAGCGCACCGGCAUCUACAGUGUCAUGAUCCAGAAGACCAUCAUGAGAGACCUGCUGCGUUUUCUCCUGGUUUAUAUGAUCUUCCUGUUUGGCUUUGCUGCAGCUCUGGUGACACUGAUGGGUGAUGCCCCCUCAGUGUCUCAGAACAAGUCCCUGGCUCACCUGGAGAGCACGGGCAGCCACGCCAUGUACGGGGGGCUGCUCAGCGUCUCCCUGGAGCUCUUCAAGAUCACCAUCGGGAUGGGUGACCUGGAUUUCCAGGAGCACGCCAGGUUCAGAUACUUUGUCAUGCUCCUGCUGCUGCUGUUUGUGAUCCUCACCUACAUCCUGCUGCUGAACAUGCUGAUUGCCCUCAUGAGCGAGACUGUCACGGAUAUUUCUGGCUACAGCAAGAGUGUCUGGAAGCUGCAGAGGGCUAUUGCUAUUCUAGAAAUAGAGAAGGCCUGGCUGUGGCGCCAGGGUGGGAAGAGGAGAUCUGGCUGCUUCAUGUCAGUGGGGCUCAAUAAGAAAGAUGAGAGGUGGUGUUUCAGAGUAGAGGAAAUUAAAUGGACAGAUUGGGCAAAGGAUGUGGGAGUUCUAAAGGAAGAACCUGGGAGCACCAGUGAUUCAGAAAUAAAUCCAGAAGAGACCAGGUCCUGGAAGCAGCCAGCACAGAAACCACCCCGAGCAGCUGCCUCGGAGGAGCAGUCCCUGCUGCAGCCCCAGCCACCAGCCACAGAGAUGGUGCCUCUGCAGGGACAAACCAGAGGGCUUUGACAGCUUUUGGGAAUUGCAACCUUGCCUCCAUCUUCAAAGGAGCAGUUCUUCCUCUGGCAGCUGGAAGAACUGAAGGCAUUGUCAGCAGUAAAGUGCAUUUUGUGCAGGACUGUGGUGCAGCCUGUGGCUUUCAGUAUUGUCAUGCACUUUAAUGAUUCAUUUCCUCUGAAGAAACUGUUUUUACUCGACUUUCUCUGCCUGACACUUUCUUAUUACUAUGCCCAAAGGUACAAUGGUGGGAGCGAGCUCCUGGGGCAGUGGGGAGCAUUCUCUGGGAAGGCAGAGCUCUCUGAGCUGUGCAGGGAUAAUGUUCAUGGAAUGGCCUGGCUGAGAAUGGGCCCGCCUGUUCUUUGGUCACAAGGGACUGCACUGAGGUGCUUUGGAAUAAAGAGUGUUGUAGAGUCGUGAAAAGUUGCUGAGGGUGGAGUUGUCUUCUGUGCAAAGCACUGCUGGUGUGAGAUGUGAGUGGACAAAUACUCACCCUGCAGGCAGCCAGAGCUGCACUGAGCCUGUGGCAGCACCUGCAGUGCUCCGUGGUUAAUCCACACCAGGAUCCCCAUUUUACACUGUUCAGAUGAAAUUCUUUGCAUAAUUCUUUGCUUAAAAGCACCGAGAGUGAUGUGGAUUUCCUGGGCCUGAAACUUUGCAUGGUGGAUUUCUGGGACUUCUGUUUCUCACAGGUUGCUUUGUCUCUGUAAUAAACAGCAGCAGAAUCCUGCUCAUGGCCCCUGAGAGGCUGAUGGGCCAGCA